AUGUCAUCCCCGCAUUCACCAAUUAAGCGGCUGCUGGUCGCGAACAGAGGAGAAAUCGCUGUUCGAAUCCUCCAAUCUGCCAGAGAAUUGCCUAACCCAGUCGAGCUGUUCGCUCUCUACACAUCAGACGAUAGAUCGCACUGCGAUCUAGGCCGACCACAACAUGCAAUUGAGAUACCCUCUGCAUCAACAUAUCUGGACAUAUCUUACCUAAUAGAUCUGGUGAAGAAAUACUCCAUUGACGCCAUACAUCCAGGGUACGGGUUCCUAAGCGAGAGCGCCGAAUUCGCGCAUCGGAUGUGGCACGAGGCCGGGUCGAUUGUGAUCGGGCCUGGGUGGGAGAAUCUAGCUCGAACAGGUGACAAAUUGCAAGCAAAGCAGUUGGCGAGAGAAUGCGGGGUUCCAACAUUGGAUUUUGUGGAAGAUGCUGAUGUGGAUGGGGCGCGUGCUUUCGCUAACAGGAUUGGAUUCCCUGUUAUGGUUAAGGCUGUUGAUGGUGGGGGUGGGAGGGGUAUUCGUCUUGUCAGACAAGUGUCUGAGCUGGAGAAUAGUAUACAGCGGGCUAUUGGGGAGUCGCCGUCUAGAUCUGUUUUUGUGGAGAAGGCUGCUGUGGAUGGGUUUCAUCAUGUUGAAGUGCAGGUUAUUGGUGAUCGGACGGGCCAGGUGCGACAUCUCUGGGAGAGAGAUUGCAGUGCUCAACGGAGGUUUCAGAAGGUUGUUGAAUGUGCACCUGCACUGAUGGAUAGGACUUUGAUUGGGAAGGUCAUUGGGGCUGCGCUCCGAAUGGCUAAAAAAGUUGGCUACCAGUCCCUUGGAACUUUUGAGUUCUUGGUCAGUGAGGAACGACAGGAAUUCUACUUCCUGGAGGUAAAUGCUCGUCUCCAGGUUGAGCAUACUAUCACCGAAGCUAUCAGUGGGGUAGAUCUGGUUCAGACACAACUGCUUUUGGCCCAGGGAUGGACAUUGAAUGAGUUGGGGAUUAGUGCCCAGGUUGAUCCAAACCAACCACCUCCAAGUGCGUUUUCGAUCCAACUCAGACUAUGUUCCGAGGAUCCAGACAAUGGAUUCGCUUUGAGCAUUGGCAAAGUGACUGGCUUCAACGUCCCAAGUGGCCACGGCAUUCGGGUAGACACCAAUGUGGAUGUCUCUGGGGGCACUCCGCUGGUCGUUGGAUCCAAUUUCGACAAUCUGCUGGCUAAGAUCAUCGUUACAGCAUCAAGCUGGGAAGCAACCGUCCGCAAAGCUCAACGAGUCUUGGCAGACUCGAGAAUCGAGGGUGUAACCACAAACAUCAAUCUGUUAAGAGCAAUUGUGGCCCAUCCCGAUUUCAUGUCCGGUCAAGUCGACACACAGUGGCUCGGACUGCACCUUGACACAAUCCUUGAGCAAGGCAAGCAUAUCACGAACAAUAUCCCUGUCCUCAAUGGAUCCCUUAGCGCCUCCCAUACAGUACAGGCCACCCUCCCAGUAUCCAAUCUAUUAUUCCGCAAAGGAGAUGCUUGGUCAAUUACGCUGGAACCACUGUCAAAAGAAAGUAAACAGCCUGAAAAGUCCACCCACCAUCUCAGCCUCUCCCGGGUUCUCCGAAAUGAAUUCCCCAAUUCAUUGACCGCCGAAAUCGAAUAUACAACCCCGUCUCAAACCGUGCCAUAUCGAAUGCAACUGGAAACAACCACAACUGCAGCCUCAGCGUUAGUCUCCUCUCAUCGACGAGGCGACCCCAGAAACCCGCACCACAUCGUUCUUCCUCUCUCUGGCAAAUUGAUUGAGAUCUUGGUUUCUGAAGGGGACGAUGUAGCCAAAGAUCAAGUCCUGGCUUUUGUCAAGCAGAUGAAAAUGGAGCUUGAGGUGCGCAGCCCUCGCAGUGGCAAAGUUAAGUGGGUUUAUGAGAUGGAGGAAGAGGAAGAUGUUGCUGAGGGGAUAUUGUUGGUGGAACUGGAAGGAGAUCUUCGGGGGAAGCUCUGA